AGCUGCAGCGUUGCUCGGCUGAACGCUUGGAAGGCAGCCGAAGGACUGGCCGAGGCAGCCCCCGCAAGACGCCGUCGAUGCGCCAUGGCCGCCGAGGAGGCCAAAAACGAAGUCGAGAUUUUUGGCGGGGAGCUGCCCAACUUCCUGAUAGACGAUGACAAGUACAAAGCGCUCAAAGCGAAGCGCCAGGAGGCCAUGCAGCGUUUGAAAGACGCCCACGAGGAGCUGUUCAAGAAGAUGCCCGAGAUGCCCACGGAGGUCGAAGGGAUUUCGCGAGACGACCCGCCGUCGUGGGAGCAACUCUUCGAACAGCAGCAGGAGAUACAAGUACUUGUCAACAAACUGAAGGAAAGGAAUAGGAAGAUGUAUGAAGAUAAGGACGAAUAUUAUAGAACGGUAGAACAGAUGAAUGCGAAAAUGGACUCCAUCGAAGCUGUUAUCGAGGAGAAGAAGCCGUUGCUCGAGGCGGCGCAGAAGCUCGUGGCCGAGGAGAAGGCGCUGGAGCAGGAACGCGUCGACGCGAUGGAUGAUGAUGAAAGGGCCGCCUGGGACGCGUCCGAGGCCGCCCGGAUAUACCUCGAGGAGAGCGAGAAGGCGCGCAAGGAGGCCGAAGAGGCCGAGGCCGAGCGCUGGGCGUCCUUGACGGAAGCCGAGCGCCAGGCCGAGGAGAAGGAGAAACGACGGCUCGCCGCCGAGGAGGAGGCCGCCGCGGAGGAGCGGCGGCUGCAGCAGGAGGAGGACGACGAGUGGUAAGAUAGUUCAUGUGU